GGGAUCUGAGACCAGCGUCAAGAUGGCAGCGUGUUAAGUACGAAACUCGUAGCGAUGCCCCUUAGAGCCAGUAGUGGCAUCUAGUUAGAAGUGUGUCGGCGCCUCGAUUCCGUCCACGAUAAGAGCGCCGGGCGACAGCCACGGCCGCAGAAGAGCGUGCGCUCAUGGAAUGGUCACCUCGCGCGGCUCAACGGGAUAAUCCGCGACGGCCGCUUCAGCAGCAGCCGCCGCCGCCGCCGCAUCACCCGCUGGCUGGCGAUGGGACGGUGGCCGCCGCCGCGACGCACAUCUCGCGGGGCGGUCAGGCGGAUGACGGCUCCGGUGGCCUUAAGCGAAAGCCGCCCUACAGUUACUCAACGCUCAUCUCCUUCGCCAUCAACAGUUCGCCCACCAAGAAGAUGACGCUGAGCGACAUAUACACCUGGAUCUGCGCGAACUUUCCCUUCUACCGCGAGGCAGGCACGGGAUGGAAGAACUCUAUCCGCCACAAUCUGUCGCUGAACAAGUGUUUUCACAAGGUACCUCGGUCAAAGGACGACCCCGGAAAGGGUUCCUACUGGGAGCUUGACCUGAAAUCGGGCAAUGAGCUUCCCUGCAGAAAGAAAAAGCUCAAGGCUUAUGAUUCGGUGUACCCUUACAGCCCUGAAACGGGUAUCAGCACCUGGACUCCAGAGCCUGAGGGCCACUCGUCACCUCCACAAAACAACACCACCAUUCCAGAGAUAAAGCAGGAAGUCCUACGGCCUGAAUACGAGGUUGACGAUGACCAAUCAAGAGUGUCAUCGGAAUACUAUGAUGAGCCUGUCAAGACAAUCAUGGAGUCAUUCACACAUGAGCAGCUGGUGGAGCUGACUGCCACGUUGGCGUCCCUCCAAGAAGCGGAGGCCACAGGCUAUGCCAGCCACCCGGGGGAUGCGGGCCUUCUGGCGGCCACCACGCCCAACUUGGCCCCGCCACCCCCUGCUCCAACCACUUCGCUGCUCAGGCUUGAAGCCGCUUCCCAGUCUGCCGCUGUGCCCGCGCACCACCGGUCCAUGUGCCACUACGGAGGUGUCACCCAGCCAGACGAUGCUUCCAGAGAGCGCUAUGGCACUAGUAGUAGCCCCAACCUUAGCGGAGGGUUCCUCGAUCAGAUUCCGGACAUAGUGAAGAAUGAGCACAGCGAGGCCCUUACGUACGCCUCGCUGGGCUACCCACCGUCCCUGUCCCCCGCAGACACCGGUGCCAAGAGCCAGCACCAUCACCAGCAUCACCAGCCGCACCGUCAUCAGCCGCAGCAGCACCAGCCGCCGCCACCCCUGCACCUACAGCACCAGCACCACCACCACCAUCACCACCACCACCAGCAUUACCACACCAUGCAGGUGCCCAUGCCUUGCGGUACUGCCCCCUACGCGUGGCACCACCCCGCCUGAGGGGGCGCAUUGUCUGUGCGACCUGAGCCCCUCGGGGCUCCUUCGAGCCUGCGGGCUAGGACUCCACUUGACAGGUGACAGUUAGGGGCCUCACUGUGAUGAUGUCACGCAGUACACACCACCGCGCCUACCUCCCAAUCAUUGCCGGCCUCCUCAAAAGAGAGAGAUUAGGGUGGCAGCGGGACUACUCGCCGCGUUCAUACCGUCUGUCAUAGUGCCGUCUUUUUUGGUCGUCGAUGUCUACGGAUGAGGGUGCGCUGGCAAAAAUGACAGUGAACUUGCCAUGUCGUCUGUGAUUACUGCCUACCGGGUUGCUAAAUGGUCUUGCAAGGAGAACAACGGGUCCCACUCCUGCCGUGUUCUUGACUGCUGCUGCACUCCCAGCUCUACCUGAUUGCCUUUUCGAACGAGGUCAGGGAGAGGCCUCGGCGUGCCGCCGAUGCCCUCCGGUUUGAGAUUUGUGUUCACUAGGGAGCUGGGUGCACUUGCCCUUGUGUGUGCGUGUGUGUAUAGUCACCACCGCUGUGGAGACUGUUCCUGAGCGGGGGUCUGUCUGUUGUGGGGUGGUGUUGGAGUGGCAUUGGCCUGCGCUGUGCCUACAGGUUUGAUAUCGUCUUGCUGGAACAGACUUUAGUGGCACAGGCUGUGUCGUGCAAUGGCAGUAGUAGCAGUGUCAGUUGGUGAACUUGUUCAAUACUUCUUUUGUCUUGCAAGUACUCCACUGGAUGAACUUUCAGUUUCACUAGAAUCUACUGGCAGGACUUUCAGAUUUGCUAAACAAAUCCUUUACGAAGAACCUCAAUGAGGAAUGACUUCAGGUAUUGUUAAGCAAGCAUUUUUAGGGCCUGCUAGUAUCAGUUAUUAUGGUCAUGAUACAUCUUAUACAGGAAAGUCUGAUAUUAAGACACUUGUUUUAGUUGAUGUAAUGAAUACAUUGUUGAAAAAAUGUUCAAUUUUCUAUAACAUAAUUAUAUCCUAAAAGAGUUGUGCAACCAGUGGUUCUAUUGCAAUUUUCAUGAUUAUAGAAAGCUGCUGCAAAUCACAGUUGUCAUGCCACUGAAGCAAAAGACUUCGCAGAAAGUGCUUCAAACUCCCAAAUAUGUGAAUGUUCUUAAAAAGCACUAAUAAAGGUUAAGGUGAAGGCCUCUGUUUACUCUGAAGUGUAAGGUAAAACUUAAUGAUGGUUUAAUUCUGCUGCUGAGAGCGUGAGGCUUCUUGGUUUGGUUUCCUGUCACUUUCUUGUUAGGGGCUGGAUUACAUAAACAUUUGUGUACUUCAGUUUGAGUGCACAUUGAAUAAACCCAGGGGGUCAAAAUUGGUUCAGAGUCCUGUGGCAUCCCUCGUACCUUUACUAUGACUUUGGGAUGUAAAACUGCUUCACUUGUUGAUACCAUGUUACGAUUCUUAUUUGGGUGCAUUUUAAAGAA